AUGAGGCGGCUGAUAAGGCUCUGUUCCGGUAUCUUCGUCACACCGGCCUUGGUCGUCGAUGGCGUCGAGAGCGUAGGCGGGUCACUGCUCCUUUGGGUUUUCGGCGGGCUCAUCGCGACCUACGGUCUUAUGGUCUGGCUCCAGCUGGGCUUGCACUACCGCUCCUCCCUACAGGAGACGAUGAGGCGCUGCGCGCGGUCCCGCGAAGCGGUGGAGAAAAGAACUACGCGAGCGGGUCUCUUCCUCAACAGCGCUUUUGCCAUGCUGAAAACAACAUUGCUGGUGGCCAUCUGUGUCCUCGGGUUCAUGAAAGCAGGUGGCGUGAGGGUGGGCGGCGAGCCCAAGGCGACGUCCAACUUCGACGUUAUCGAAUCGUUUCGACCGGGAGCCAGAGAGGUUCCAAGCGUCACGAAUUCCCUCCUGUACAUCAUGUACGCCUUUUCUGGAUUCGAACAGCCCUUUUACGUCCUCACUGAAGUCAGGACGCCUCGGAGAGUUUUCCCCAGAUACACGCUUCUCACCAUGGCCUUUGUCAUAGUUCUCUUCCUCCUGGUGAACGUGGCGUACUUUUGCGCCGUGCCCCGCAACCUACCCGCCCUACACGAACAGCGCAACAUGGCCAUCGUCUUCUUCGGCCACAUGUUCGGCAACGAAACUGCUAAGCGCGUCAUGGCCGCCAUCAUCGCGGUUUCCAUUUCGGGCAACCUGCUAGUCAUGACUUACACGGCGUCUCGAGUCAAGCAAGAGAUUGCCAAGGAGGGCAUCCUGCCGUGGUCACUCACCUUCGCCACCAGCCGUCGUACUCCAUGGGCCUGGUGGAAGGGGAGACACCUGGAAGAAGACGACCCGACACUGGAACAGUCGCCCAUGGCCGCACUGGGGCUACACUUUCUCACCUCGGCCCUGUUGAUCGCCCUCACGGCCAUGCUCGACCCGUCCAUCGCCUACGCCGUGCUGGUGAAGCUCUACAGCUACGUCAUCAUCAUUCUCAACGGAUUUUUCACGUCGUUGGGACUGUUAUAUCUCAAGUUUAAGCGCAAUAGGAACUGGUCCAACCCUAACUUCAACCCUCCAUUCGGCUGGGGAUAUGCUUUGGUCUACUGCGUCGCCUGCGCCUGUAUGAUACUCGCGGCAUUUGCGCAACCGUCGGAUGAAUCGCCUUACGCAUAUGCGGCCACAAACCUCCAGUGGUACUUGCUGCUGGCCGUCGGGCUUUCGGUGCCGUUCUGGGGUAUCGCGUGGUAUCUGGGACUGAAGUUGGUCAUGGCCUUUCGCGGCCGGGAGUUGGUUGUGAGCCGUAGGCCAACGACGGACCCUGAUCCUGGCAUGCCUGACCAGUACAUAAUGACGGCCGAGCAUAUCACACAUGACUGGCAUAUUCAUGGAGCACAUCGAGCAGUGGGAGCUGCGGACGACGAGGAGCUGCAAUCCUACUGA